AUGGCCGGUCCGGUGCAGCUGAUGCCGGACUCCCUGGCGCUGGUGCUGUGUAGGAUGGACGCGCGGGAGGCGGCGGGGGCUCCGGCGGAGCCCGGAGGGCGUGCGGUGUUCCGUGCUUUCCGUCGCGCCAACGCGCGCUGCUUCUGGAACGCGCGGCUGGCGCGCGCCGCCUCGCGGCUGGCCUUCCAGGGCUGGCUGCGGCGCGGGGUGCUGCUGGUGCACGCGCCCCACACCUGCCUGCAGGUGCUGCGCGACGCCUGGCGGCUCCGCGCGCUGCGCCCCCCGCGCGGCUUCCGCAUCAGCGCGGUGGGUGAUGUUUUUCCAGUGCAAAUGAACCCCAUAGAUCAGUCUCAGUUUGUGCCCUUGGCUGAAGUUGUUUGCUGUGCUAUAUCUGAUAUGAAUGCAGCUCAGAUUGUAGUAACACAGGAAUCACUUUUGGAGCAUUUGAUGAAGCAUUAUCCAGGAAUUGCAAUUCCACCCCAGGAUAUUCUAUACACCACGCUAGGAGCUCUGAUUAAAGAAAGGAAGAUUUAUCACACUGGAGAAGGAUACUUCAUAGUUACACCUCAGACUUACUUCAUCACAAAUACAAGUUGCCAGGAAGAUAAGAGAAUACUUCUGUCAAAAGAAGACUGCCUGGUGCCUACUUCUGUGACCUAUCUGGUGAACUUGGAGAGCUGUACAGAGUUGGCCAAAGAGAAGGCUGCCCCCAUUUCCCAUUGUCCCUCCUGCCAGUGUUUUUCUGACAUGUGCAUUCAAGACAUUGAAGACCCAACAAGUGUUGCAGAAGUGACUAGAAAAGGCCAAAAAAGUCCAGGGGAAUCUGUACCUUUGGUUCAGAACCAGGAAGUUUCAGCAUCUCAAGACACUCACAUCUGUGAUAGCCUCAAAUCUUUACCAUACACAAAAGACAAAGAAAAAGGCAGGAAGUUUGGCUUUGGUUUCUUAUGGCGCAGUAUAUCCAGAAAGGAGAAGCCCAAAGCUGGGCACAGCAGCUUCUCGGCACAGUUCCCUCCUGAAGAAUGGCCUGUCCGAGAUGAAGAUAACUUGGACAAUCUUCCCCGACAUGUUGAACAUGAGAUAAUCAAAAGAAUUAACCCUGUGCUGACUGUUGACAAUUUAAUCAAACAUACCCUCCUAAUGCAAAACCAUGAAGAACAGAAAAAAUGUAAUAGCCAGGGUACUUCCACUGAUAGGCUGACAGCUAGACCUAAAUGUCUUUCGAAAGAGGGAGUUACCAGGAGGCAGGGUCGGUCAGCAAAGCCUCGCAGGCAGGGCCACACUCAUAGGGGCAGACAUAAAGCCCGGAGCCAGGGAAGCAUUAGACUGGAAAAGCACUCCAGGUGUCCUGCUGCCCAGCCUACCUGUGGCAUUAAAAAUCCCAAUGAAGGAGAAGUUCAGAAACUACCUGGCGAGAAUCCAGCUGUUCUAGGUUCCCACUUGAUUUACAAAAAGCGAAUCAGUAAUCCUUUCCAAGGCUUGUCUCUCCGAGGGAGCCCAAUAACCACAGGGCACUACAUUCAGAAGACCAGUCAUCUGAAAUCUAGUCAGACUGGACCAAAGGAAAAGCCUUUCCAAAGGACAAGGUCUUCAGGUCCCUCAGGAAUCUUUGAUCAUGAAGCCCAACAGCCAUCUGCCGAGCAAUGUUAUGAUAAACAGAAAGCAGAGUCCACUUAUAUGACUGACUCUACUGUCCAGCCUCCUGGUGAUGACUUCAGAGGUGGUCUCUUAAAUUACCCUCAAGGUGGUGCUUCACAAAAUGACAGCCAUUGCUGUUCUGUGGAAGAGAGCAUGUUGAGAUGUGAUGUCUCUAAUGGAGAAAACAAGGAAAUCCCUGAAGUCUUGAGGAAAAGCCACUUUGUCAAAUUAGGAGAGGGAAAAGAAACACAGAAUAUCCUCCCAUCACAAGGUUCCUCUUUAGACCUGACAUCCUCUGCUUGUAGACAAAUCAACAAAACAACACAUCAAUUUCAAAACCUUGGUCUCUUAGAUUACCCAGUUGGUGAGAGCCAUUUGAGACAGGACAGAGACUCAGAAGAACUAAUGAGAAAGGCAUUUAUCCUGGAGAAGGAGACUGCGAAUCAAGAAAAUGAAAGGCUUUCUGAUGAUGGUCAUGUCUUAUAUCCUGAUGAAGUGGAGGAUGAUGAUGGGGCCUGCAGUUCAUUAUAUCUAGAGGAGGAUGACUUUUCUGAGAAUGAUGACUUGUGUCAAAUGCUGCCUGGACAUACUCAGUAUUCCUUUGCAGGUGGAAGCAAGUGGAAUCAUUUAGGAAAGCCAAAAAUGGCCGAGAGACCUCUGAAUGAGUAUAGUAGCAAAAUAGGUAGGAUUGAGCCUGAGGUGCUUAAAAGAAAUGAAUGUUAUAAACCCACUGGGUUGUUUACAAACCCAGGUGAAAGCCCCAAUCUUAAUCUUUCUGAUGACAGCUGUGUCCUAAAUUUAGGGACCGGGAUUAGUUUUAACUAUGAAGAAGAAUCUAACAUUGCUAAAUGUAUACAGUCUUCCACACCUACUGAUAGUUUAUUUGAUUACUAUAGUGCAAGGAAAACUAGUUCUGACACUGAAACCCUUCAGGGUUCUGUUGCUGACACCGGAAAGAAACCAAUUAGCUGGAGUCAGAGCCUUCAGAAUCAGGAAUUGAGAAAACAUUUCACACAGAAGUUAGAACUUUUCAAUAUGCCAGUGUUGGCUCAGGAUAUCCAGCAUGAACAUAAUCACUUGGAAGGCACAGAAAUCCAUAGCAUGGCAGGAGAUAGUGGAAUAGAUUCUCCACGGACACAGAGCCUGACAUCUAAUAUUUCAGUCAGUUUGGAUGAAUUUAAAAGACGACAGAAUUUUCAGAAGAAAUUUGAAGGCACAAAGAACAGUCAGACACUCACAUCUAAUUCCCUACUACAACUAACUCCAGUCAUAAAUGUUUAAUUAUAUUUUGAAAACUUUUUCUAAAAAUGUACAGUGUUACUAUGGAGCUCUUUAAGUGAAUAUAUAAGAAUCCUCCAAAGCCAAGCAUAUAUACUAUUAACCUUAUCACAUUCUACUAACUGGCUUUUUUCCUUUUUGAUAUUUUAGAGCAUUUUUUUUGUAUUUUACUAGGAACU